AUGGUGACGGAAAACAGCUCGCUGCGAACAAAUGCCCCACCAGGGAGCAAAAAAAAUAAAAAUAAAUUGCGAUACGCUGAGGGGUACGUGACGACUCAGUGA